UCGGCUGGAGCCACGCCCACGCGGGGGCGUGUCCCGGGCGGGGCCUGGCCUGGCCUCCCCUGCCCGGUCGAGCGGUGGACCAAGGCCAAAGGGAUGCCACACCUAAGCCAGCUGUACCAGGACGUGCCCGAGACGUGUUGGCCCAUCGUGUACUCCCCACGUUACAACAUAACCUUCCUGGGUCUGGAGAAACUGCACCCCUUUGACGCAGGAAAAUGGGGCAAAGUGAUCUGCUUUCUGAAAGAAGAGAAGCUCCUUUCGGAUUGUAUGCUGGUGGAGGCCCAGGAGGCCUCGGAUGAAGACCUAUUGGUGGUGCACACAAGACGCUAUCUCAAUGAACUGAAGUGGUCCUUUGCAGUUGCCACCAUCACAGAAAUACCUCCAGUCAUCUUCCUCCCCAAUUUCCUGGUGCAGAGGAAGGUACUUCGACCCCUUCGAACCCAGACCGGAGGAACCAUCAUGGCAGGAAAACUGGCUGUAGAACGGGGUUGGGCCAUCAAUGUGGGGGGCGGCUUCCACCAUUGCUCCAGUGAUCGGGGUGGGGGCUUCUGUGCUUACGCAGACAUCACGCUUGCCAUCAAGUUCCUGUUCGAGCGUGUGGAGGGCAUCGCCAAAGCCACCAUUGUAGACCUUGAUGCCCACCAGGGCAACGGGCAUGAACGGGACUUCAUGGAUGACAAGCGUGUUUACAUCAUGGAUGUCUACAACCGUCACAUCUACCCUGGCGACAGCUUCGCCAAGCAGGCCAUCCACAGGAAGGUGGAACUAGAAUGGGGCACAGAGGAUGACGAGUACCUGAGUCGGGUGGAAAGGAACCUACAGAAGGCGCUGAAGGAGUCUACGCCUGAUGUGGUGGUGUACAACGCAGGCACCGAUAUCCUGGAGGGCGACCGUCUUGGGGGGCUGGCCAUCACCCCACAGGGCGUGGUGAAGCGGGACGAGCUGGUAUUCAGGAUAGUUCGUGGCCACCAGGUGCCCAUCCUCAUGGUGACAUCGGGCGGGUACCAGAAGUGCACGGCCCGUAUCAUCGCAGACUCCAUCCUCAACCUCCACAAUCUGGGGCUCAUUGGGCCCGAGGCGCAGAGCGUGUCCUCGCAGAGUUCGGACACCCCACUACUAUCCUCCCAAGUGUCCUGAUAUGCCCAACACCUCCCCUGUGCCCAGUCUGGCCCUUCCGGCUUCUCUUCCCCAACACGGGGCAGCAGGGCCUAGCCACAGAGGAUCCCAGGGCAAGGGGGGUCUCUCCUUGCCUUAGAGCCGCCACCAUGGGUUGCAGUUCUAUUCACCCCAUUGCAGGGCAAAGGGUCUUGAGCCCCUCUGGGUGGUGGCAGGAGGCCCCCCCACAGUCCAGGC